AUGGAAGAGCAUUAUAUUCUUGGUGACGACCUUCCGCUGCCUCCCGCGCGGCUUUUUGAGCGCCUGGCUCUGUUACCUGGUUAUAUCUGGGACCAAGGGAUUGAGCCUGUUCAUUCGACUUAUGAUAACUGGCAUGUCGCUGGAAUUAAACAGGCUUCUGACCAUGACGUCGUCACGCCUGCCGCGGCCUCCUCGGGCACGCCCAGUACAACACGAGAAUCCCCGCGAAUAGAGUCCAGGCCGCCGUUCCGUCACCAUUGGCGCAGUAGCCUUAGUGAAUCUAGCAGCGAAAUUUCCUCCUCACGCAUCGAUCAAGAGUCAUACUUUCUCCCCGUUAUAGCCCGCGUCUCUUCCCAUGUCGUUCGGCUCGAAAGAGAGUUUCAUAUGCUGCGUUCGAUCGUUCAGGUAUCCGACCCCGAUUGCAAUCAUACCGUUCGCCCAGUCGAUCUUGUGAGGCUCCCGCCUGAGCCCGGGGAUACCGGUCCUAUCCUCGUGUCGAUAUUCGAGUCACCAGGCAACAAUGCACUCAAAGAUCUUAUCGCUUUUGGGCCCGCGUGGUAUAGCAUCGGCACACUGAGCGAGAGUAGCAAUAAUACAACACCAGGAGAGCAGGUCUCUCUACCUGUGUUCUUGGAUUUCGCUAUUGGCGCCUGCGACUGUUUGGAAAUAUUGCAUUAUGGGCAAAAGACUAUCCAUGGCGAAAUCCGUCCAGAUGCUUUCCAUUUCAACCGCGCUACUGGAAAAGUCAGAUUGGUGAAUACUGGAAACGGAGCGCGGUCUUUUGACAAUGCGCUGAGCGAAGGUUGGUCGGCAUUAUCACGCGAGGUAGGCGUGAAAACGAAAUUGCAAUUUAUAGCCCCAGAACAAACCGGACGCAUGCCGACAGAACCCGAUAGUCGAACCGAUAUUUAUGCCUUAGGCGUUCUUUUCUGGAUGAUUCUCGUAGGAAAACCGGCAUUUACUGGCAGCACUCCGAUGGAGGUGGUGCAGAAUGUCCUCGGCAGGAAAUUACCACCAAUCUCUUCGAAGCGAAUGGAUGUCCCAGAUGCCGUCUCUGCGGUUGUCAUGAAGAUGACCCAGAAGGGCCUUCAUGACCGCUAUCAUACUAUCACAGCUGUUAAGAAGGAUCUUGAAGAUAUAGUGAAGCUUCUCGGUGACGGUGAUUUCAAUUCGCUCAAAACAUUCGAGGUUGCUCAAAACGAUGUUUCAUCUUUCUUUACUCUUCCAUCUCAAAUGUUUGGCAGGGAGGACGAGUACCAAAAGGUGGUGAACAUCGCACAGAAGGUCCACCGGCGCCAACAAGCCCUAUAUGCCAAGAUGGCCGCUCAGGCGAAUGCGAGUGGAUUUGCAGGAUCAGCGUCAUCUAUAUCCGAAAGUCGAAUGGACAGUUUUGACAUCGCCGAAGGAUCUAGUGAUUCCGGCUCUCUCAACCAUGUAACUUCUUCGAGACACAACUCAAUUGCUGGUCCAUUUGGACUCAAUCACGUACCUACACGUGACUCCGUUCACAGCACUGAAUCAUCUCUCUCGACCCAAAGAGGUUUCGGGGUUUUCAAUAGGCCAAAGGGUUCUGCUUCCGCUGAGCUCAAAAGCCUCGGUGAUAGCGGUGAUCGAGACUCUGCCCACAUCUCUGUGAAUACCACUCAAAGCCCGAUGGAGACGCUGAAUCCUAUGAGUCGACACAAGGCCGCUACCAAGAUUAGGCGUAGUGGACACACUGAAAUUAUUACAAUCACUGGUAAUCCUGGCAUUGGAAAAACCGAUCUCAUUCAGCGCGUACACCCAGCUAUUCGAAAACUUGGGUAUAUCGGGGUAGCAAGACUCGACCGCGCUAGAAGAAUUCCAUUUGAACCCUUCGCUAAAAUAUUAGCUAGUCUUCUGCGCCAGAUAUUUUCUGAGCGAGAUGUCACUACAGAGUACCAUAAUAACCUUCGUACUUUCCUUCGGCCACUGUGGCCAACGCUACAUCAGGUGCUCGGUCUCCCCGAGCAGCUGAUAUCGAAUGACCAGAAAGAGAAGUCUGUUUCUCCGAAAAUGGUAGUUGCUCAACAUCUCUUGAAGGAAAGCUCGAAAGUUGAAAUCACCAAAAGGCCUAGCUUUCUCCAUGGCCAAUUCCCGACGGACCUUUUCUCUUCAACAAGUACACCCAGCAAAACAAUGCGCUUGAUGGAAAUGUAUUUGGAGAUACUUCGACAUCUAUGCUCUCAGAAACUGAUCUGUGUUUGUUUGGACGAUCUUCAAUAUGCAGACGACGAGUCGGCAGACUUGAUUGGUAAUAUCUGCAAGACCAGAAUUCCCUGCUUGCUUGUUCUAGCGGCACGCAAACAGGAGAUUGAGUCACGGGAAGUCUUGUCACUGUUCAAUGCGGAAACUGCGAGUAUUACUAAGAUCGAACUUCGCGCUCUUUCUGAAGAAGACGUUGCAAGAUUUGUAUCAGCAACGAUGCAACUGACUCCAGAUCCUCGACAAACUCCUCUCUCCGUCGUGGUCAUUGAGAAGAGUCAAGGAAAUCCCUUCUUUAUUCGAAUGAUGUUGGAAACCUGCUAUCGCAAGAACUGCAUUUGGUACUCUUGGAGGAACAGCAAGUGGGAAUUCGAUAUUGAUCGCAUAUUCACAGAAUUCGUCUCGCCUGAGUACGGUGACAACUUGGGCACCGAUUUUAUACUGAAGAGAUUCCAGGAAUUUCCUCCUGCUGCUCUAUCAAUUCUGAUUUGGGCGACCUUCCUCGGAAGUCCAUUUUCAUUCUCGCUCAUACAGAGACUGACGGAGGGCGAGUUUUGGUACGAAGCUGCCGAAGAUACCAAAUGCAAAAUUACGCCUAUAUGCAAAGCAUUAACGCCGCGCUCCGAAGCUGAAGUUGUGUCUGGACUGCAAUUCUUAGUACAGGGGUACAUUGUACUUCCAGGGGAGACUGAUGAUGAGUUUCGUUUCGCACAUGACCGAUUCGCUCGAGCUGUCUCCACAUUGAGCGAAUGUCACGAUGUUGAGAAAAUGCAUUUUGUCAUUGCUCAAACUAUGAUGAAGUACUGCACAAAGGAGGAUGAGAUGUAUCCAAAGUCACACCAUAUUUGCCAAGCCGCAGACUUGAUCCGAAAGCGAGUUAGAAAUAGAACUCGUUAUCGAAAGGCUCUUCGAAAUUCUGCACGAAUUGCAAUAUCCUUGGGCGCCCGACCCACAGCACUUUGGUACUCACGCCAUGCCAUCAAACUGUUGCAACCGAGCUGCUGGGAUGAAAAGGCUCCUGAUGUGGAUUAUCAAGAGACUUUAGAACUCUACCUUUCCACAGCCGAGCUGCUUUCGUACCAUGGAGACAAGGAAGAGGCUCUCAGGCUUUUGACGCAGGUUUUUCGACACGGUAAGACUGCAGCCGAUAAGUCAAGAGGCUGGAUCAUCAAGAGCAAAAUUUCGACCCAUGCGGGAGACUUCAAUGGUGCUAUGGACGCUUUGCUUUCGUCCCUCGAAGAGCUUGGCAUUCACAUUCGACAACCGACAACUUAUGCACAAUGCGACAUUGCGUUCACGGAGUUGAGAGAUUAUCUUCAGCCUCAAGAUCUUGAUGCUCUUGUCUUACAGCCGAUAAGUGAAGAUCCCAGGGUCAUUGCCCUGGGAACUGUGCUUGCGGAAGCCAUGGCUGUAGCCUUUUGGGGCGAUGACUUAACGUACCUGUACAUGGGCGUUGAGAUGAUGAAGCUUCAUUUGUUCACCGGUCGUUUCUCGCAGGUUGGCCUGGCAUGCUGCCAUCUAGCUAUGACAGCAUACAGUCGCCACAAGGAUUUAGAGUUCGCAGCUAGCAUGAGCGACUUGUCUUUAUUGAUUUUCGAGUCCUACGCAGAACCUUCUUCACGGGGAACUGGGUUCAUACUGCAAUCGUUCAUGGUCGAGCAUCUCCGAGUUCCAUUGCGCACGAUCUUGCCAUUUAUUGAGACGUCGGUGGAAUAUGCGUUCAAUUCGAAUGAUCCGUAUCUGAUGCUCACUAGUUUCGGAUUGAUGGCAGCAACUCGUUUGUACCUGGGUCAGGAUAUGUCCGAAAUCGAGACCUUUUGCACAGAUACACCCGAUGAGAUUGUAGAUUGGACGCGUGAUGUACGGGCAGGAGUCCUGCUUGUAGCUGUUAAGCAAGUCACACGCGCAUUGCAAGGCAAAACCUCGUGGAGACACCCUAAUCUCGUCAUGACGGAUGAUCAACACAGUACUCUGGAAUACAUGGAUCACAUUCGUCAGCGUUCCAUGCGUUCCGAUCGCCCUCAUGAUAUCUACUGGAGUUAUGCCAUGAUUCCUCUCUAUGUCUAUGGCCAUUAUGACAAGAUCAUUGAGCUCGCUAGCAGUAUGAUGGACAGCAUUGAACGACUUUGGUGCAUGAGAGCGGCCCACCUCACAUACUUCAUCGUCCCAUUGGCGAUUCUUACGAAGCAUAUUGACAAUCCGAAUGCGGGCAGUCUAGAAUCGCGCAUGGAGCUUGUGUUAAAGUGCAAAGAAGUAAUUGAUUUUGCUCGGACGGCUUGUGAUGUCAAUCAUGCAAUGUGGUCUCUGCUCAUUGAGGCGCUUAUGCAUGAACACGAAAAGGAAUUCAAUUCUGCUGUACAAGCUUACGAAGCUGCAAUUGAUCACUGCGAGGUCCACGGUUUUCCUCUAGAAGAGGCAAUGGCUCUUGAGUUGUAUGGUGAUUUCCUCGUUCGAAGAGGCGCAAAACGUCCAGCUAGGGCGAUGAUCAGGGAAGCCAUCGCGGCUUGGAUGGGCCUGGGCGCAAUCGGAAAGGCGGGCCACUUGUCAGAAAAACAUGAGUGGUUGCUGAAGACAGCCACGGCUCCUAGACACAACGAUGCUGGCACACAGACCAUUGACUCUCUUGCAAAUAUCAAUCAGAAUGCGGCCGUCGAAACCACGGCCGCAGUACAAACAAAUCUAGAGGAUGAUAGAAAGAAGCAUUGGCUAGAGAACUCGGGCAAUCAUGUAGAAACUGGACCUCUAGAUAUACCAAGUGUUGGCCUAGAUAUCAUCGAUCUGUCAAGUAUCCUCGAGUUCAGUCAAGUCAUGUCUUCAGAGCUUCAAAUCGACAAAUUGCUUACAAAGAUGAUUGAGAUCAUCCUUGAAUCUUGCAGUGGCUCAGAUACAGCUGUCAUUACUACUGAGUUUGAAGAUACCGGAUUUGCAAUUGCAGCGAUUGGAUCUCAGGAUGACGGCCAGAAGGCCUUCCUCGACGGUCUACCAUUUUCCGAGUUGGAAGACAAAAUGGCGCAACAGAUCACCCAUUACACCUUGCGCACUAAACAAGAAGUACUUGUUCACAAUGUGCUUGAAGAUGAAAGAUUUUCCAUCGUUAGCGAAGGAUAUAGCGCGAGAUAUCCCGCGGGUCGAUCUGUCAUCACGUUGCCAAUCGUUCAGGCCGACAACCUCCUUGGUGUGAUUCAUAUUGAGGGGAAGCCCAACUCAUUUACCCAGCGCAAUGUUGUUGUUCUCCGCCUUUUGUGCAAUCAAGUCGGCAUCUCACUCAGCAAUGCCUUCAUGUUCCGCAAAGUCCGCAAAGUGAGUGCCACAAAUGCAGCCAUGGUUGAGUCACAGAAGCGUGCAUUGGCAGCAGCGCGCGAGGCGGAGCAGAAAGCGAAAAUUGCAGAAGCAGAGGCAAACCACAACGUCAAGUUGAAGGAAGAUGCGGCAAGAGCCAAGUCCGUCUUCCUUGCCAACGUUUCUCACGAUCUUAGAACCCCGAUGAACGGAGUCAUCGGAUUGUCUGAGCUGCUCAAGGGUACGAAUCUUGAUAAGGAGCAAGACAAUUAUGUAGAGUCAAUCCGAGUCUGCGCGGAUACUUUGCUUACCCUGAUUAACGACAUACUGGAUUUUUCAAAGCUGGAAGCCGGCAAGAUGAAGAUUUCCACGGUGCCGUUGGGCCUCAAAGAAACAAUCAGUGAGGUGGUUCGAGCUUUGCGAUACACCCAUCGUGAUCGGGGCUUAGAAACCAUCGAGGACUUGGAUAAGGUGCCUGAGGAUCUGGUAGUCAUGGGUGAUCCCGUUCGUCUUCACCAGAUUUUCAUGAACUUGCUCAGCAAUAGUUACAAAUUCACUCCAAAAGGUCACGUCAAGGUUACCGCCUUGGUUGUACGCGAAGGCAAAGGACGAGUUCGUUUAGAGUGUUCUGUUGCAGAUACCGGAAUUGGUAUCCCAGAAGAACACAAAUCGAGACUGUUCAGACCAUUCUCCCAAGCAGACAACUCUACAGCUCGAUCAUAUGGCGGUAGUGGAUUAGGGUUGAGUAUCUGCAAAGCCAUCAUUGAAGACGUCCUUGGGGGAUUGAUUUGGCUCGACUCUACGCCUGGUGUGGGCACAACAGUGACAUUUCAGCUGGUGUUUCAGCGAGCGCCGAAAGACUCUGCCGUCACUGCGCCAUGGAUGCAGAGUUUUAACCAAGCCGAUAAAUACGACGUUCCUCGCAUUACGCAAGUUGUCGCCCGGGAUUUGACAUUAAUCCCUCGUGAGCAGAUACGUGUCUGUAUUGCAGAAGAUAAUCCUAUCAACCAAAAGAUUGCGGUCAAAUUUGUGCGAGGACUUGGACUAGAAUGUGAAGCGUUUAGUGACGGACAGCAAGCGGUAGAGGCGCUUCGUCAACGGUCAAAAGAGGGACGACCAUUCCAUGUUGUUCUUAUGGACGUUCAAAUGCCGGUUUUAGACGGCUACGAUGCUACUCGUGAGAUCAGAAAAGAGACGGACGCUAAUGUCAACCAAGCGCUUGUGAUUGCCAUGACUGCCAGUGCAAUUGAGGGCGAUCGCGAGAAGUGUAUCGAAGCAGGCAUGAACAAUUACCUCGCAAAGCCCGUACGAUCAUCGGUCCUUAGCGAGAUGCUAGACCAAUACUUGUCUCCUGUCAAACGGUCCAAACUUCGUCGCCGUCCCAUUACGCAACAGAGUAUUGAGGGUUUACGUGAUGGUGCUGGAACACCAGGAAGUCAAUCGUCAUCGUCUUCGGCCAGCCAAGUCAUUGCUUUGACACCUGACGAUGAACGAUUGCAUCCUCGUUUGUCAUCUUCGCCGGUUGUCUCGCCGCCAGCUGUGUCCCCGCCUAUUUUACCACCGCCAGUCAUCUCUCCUUCAGCAGACCAGCAGCUUCCGCAGCGGUUGAGGAAACCUUUGCUCGAUCAAUCCUCACCCACCAAACCAGAUGAAAAGCCCCCAUUGCCUCGAAGGAAGGGUCCGGAUUCAUCUAUUUGA